AGCGUGGCCUGAGCGUCUACGCCAAUGAGGGCGUGGGGGCGGAGCUCGCACAAGGGCAGGAAAUGGCGGCGACCACCGAGCCUCUGCCCGCCCGCCGUCUUCAUGCCGUCCCUGUUGCUCCUGCUGCCCCAGCGCCUAUGCCAGCUGUGUCCCCGCAGCCCUCCCACCCGGCUUCUCACAACCAAGGGGCAGCGGUCUCCCCCUACUAACUACUAUGAACUGCUGGGGGUGCAUCCCGGUGCCAGUGCCGAAGAGGUUAAACGUGCUUUCUUCACCAAGUCAAAAGAGCUGCACCCCGACCGAGACCCUGGAAACCCAGCCCUGCAUGGCCGCUUUGUGGAGCUGAGUGAGGCAUAUCGUGUGCUCAGCCGUGAUGAGAGUCGCCGCAACUAUGACCAUCAGCUGCAUUCAGCCAGUUCCCCAAGGUCUUCAGGGACUACAGCCCAGCCUAAGUACACCCAACAGACACACAGCUCCUGGGAAUCCCCCAAUGCACAAUACUGGGCCCAGUUUCACAAUGUGAGGCCACAGGGGCCUGAGUCAAGGCAGCAGCAGCAUAAGCACAACCUGCGGGUCCUGGGAUACUGCCUCCUGCUCAUGGUGGCAGGCAUGGGCCUGCACUAUGUCGCCUUCAGGAAGCUGGAGCAGGUGCACCGGAGUUUCAUGGAUGAAAAGGACCGGAUCAUCACAGCCAUCUACAAUGACACUCGGGCCAGGGCCAGGUGUGUCACUGCUCUGUCUUGCCUGGCUCCCUGCUCCACACCACCCCCAGGAUUCUUAUCCCCAUCUAUCUGGCUCCCUGCUCCGCACCAUCCCCCUGGAUCCCUCUCCCCAUCUAUCUUUUCUUCAGGGCUAACAGAGCCAGAAUUCAGCAGGAGCGCCAGCUGAGGCAGCAGCCUCGGACAGAACCCUCCCCACUUCCAGAAAGCUCCGGGAUCGUGCCCCAGGACACCAGCUCUUGAGAGGCUUGCCCAGGUCCCCCAGCAUUGGCCCUCUCUAUGCUGCCCGUGCGGGACUACACAUUUUUCUCAAUACAUGCAAUAAACUCAUGUUCAGACUCA